AUCUGUAACCACGCCCCUCCAACUGACAGUAGACAGGCUGCCUGUGUGUUUGCGAGCAUUGACAGCGUGUGAAAGGAGAGAUGGCGAGGAGGUGCAUUUUUGGUUGUGAUACUCACGGAACACUUUUCCCAUUCCCUAAAAUUCCCUCGUUACGGUCCAAAUGGCUCGAUUUUUUACAUUUCGAGGAAGGAGGGAUAACAGAGAGGUCACGGAUGUGCUCGAAGCACUUCACGCGUGAAUGCUUCAAAAAUUGGACAGAACACGAAAUGGGGUUUGUGAGAUAUCUGUCAUUAACAGAUAACGCGGUCCCGUCAGUGUACACCGUUGGUACCUCACAAAGUUUGACGCCCGUAACAAGAGAUGUGGCCUGUCAAUGUCAUGCACCAUCUUUGAAAAAUGUGUCGGUUCAAACGGAAACCCACAAGCAGAAAAGACGGAGUAAAGCUAUUCAGGUGAAGCCUUUCGGCCUCUCUGUUGGUGUGAGUGUUGGUACAGGUAUUGGAGCUCCGUGUCUCACUUCAACACCAAUUAAAAGGCCACGCAUGGAAGACACUGUGUUCGAUGAGAGCUCAACAUACACCUCAAAUCAGUGUUCAGAUGUCACCUAUGAGCCUGAUAUCACUCAAGAGAGCAUUGAAAAGUACUGUCAGCACUCUGUCUGGAAUGUAUAUGUCCCAGGACAUUUUUUAUUCAUCAGAAGAACUUUCUCCAGCCAACAAUUUUAUGGCACUGGAGGACUGAACAAAACACAAUGCUGGAGAUGGCAAGGCAUUCUGGAAAGGCCGUUGUCUUGGGUGGUGACAUGAGAGCUGAUUCCCCAGGACACUGUGCCAAGUAUGGAAGCUACACGAUGAUGAACCUGGAAGACAACAAGGUGGUGGACAUUCAAUUAAUCCAGAGUAAUGAAGUGGGUGCAAGUCCACGCAUGGAACGCGAAGGGUUUUUGAGAAGCCUCCAGUUCCUGGAAUCAGCAGGGUUAAGGGUUGGUGCAAUUGUCACAGAUCGGCAUCCUUCGAUACAAAAGUAUCUGAGGGAGCAACGACCUGACAUCCAGCAUUAUUUUGAUACUUGGCAUGUCUCUAAGGGUCUCGCCAAGAAGAUCGAUGCACUAGGGAAAGAGCGUAGUUGUGGAGAGGUUCUGGCCUGGAGGAGAAGUAUCAUAAACCACCUUUACUGGUGUGCAUCCUCUUCCAAGACAGGUGAAGAAGCCGUGGAAAAGUGGAAGUCUGUAACCAACCAUGUGCAAAAUGUGCACAAUCAUAACAGCGACUUAUUCCCAGUCUGCGCCCACCCACCUCUUGAGAUGCGAGCUUGGUUGACACCAAGCACUAAAGCUUGUGAACGGUUUUGCGACCUGAUGAUAAACCAGCGACUACUGAAAGACGUGUCAAAACUGAGCCCUCACCAUCAGACCUCCUCAGUUGAAGGCUUCCAUAGCCUGAUAUUGAAAUUUGCUCCGAAAAAUGUGGCAUUCUCUUUUUUGGGAAUGUUGAACAGGUUGCACCUUGCUGCUCUUCACUAUAAUGAAAAUUCCAAUCGCGAGUAUACAUGCAACCAGAGUGGUGAACCGUCUAUCAAAGUGAAAUGGCCAAAAUACAAAAAGGGGAUCAUUCCCUUCACUACACAAAAACAGAACCAACCUACAACUACGUGGAGAGUCUGCUAAGACUGUUUUUUGAGGAGGUGGUCAUCAAUCCUGGCCCAUACCAAGAGCAGAUUAAUGAACUGAAGGUUCCAGACCACUUAUGUGCUGCCUUUGACAAGCCCAACCUACAGGAAUCUGAAGUCAGACCCUGGUCCCGUUUUACACAGAUGGAGUAGGAGCAGGUUUAGAUAGAGAGAGUGAGUGUGUGUGUGUGUGUGUGUGUGAGUGUGUGUGAGAGAGUGAGAGUGAGAGUGAGUGAGUGAGUGUG